AUCGUACACCGAGACAUCAAGCCCGCGAACAUCCUCAUCGACGGUCGCGGGCGCGCCGUCAUCUCCGACUUCGGCCUCUCCACCACGGUCGCCCCCGGGGAGUACGACACCUGGCGCGGGUACGAGCUCGCCGGCACGGUCCCGUACAUGGCGCCCGAGAUGGUCGGGGUGCGCCGGAAGCUGGACGGGUACGGGGCGGGCGUCGAUGUGUUCAGCAUGGGCGUCGUGUUUCUGCAGCUG